CUUCGAAAAAUUAGACACCCUGUGUAUUUAGUUUUCUAAUCUAUGACGAUCUUGAAACGUUAUCGUUGUAUGAUACGUAAAUAUUUAAAUAACAUAAUAAACCACAGUUAAUUGCUAACUAUGAUUUCACUUUUGCGGAAUUGCAUUUUGAACGAAAGAAGAUUCUUUGUGCAAGAAGUUAUUACGUUUAACCAAAUAUCUACGUAUUGUAUGUACGGUAAUAUCAAGAGAUUCAAACCAUGUUUGCAAGUAAAGCAUUUUUCUGAUAAAUGCAAUGAAACUACCGAAAAGAAUUUAAUAUAUGUUGGAUCAUUAGCAUCAAAAGUCCGUAAUAUUAAAAUAUUUUCUUUGGUGACAUCACUUAUGUCAGUAACUUGUCAACCUUUUCUUUAUAUGAAACUCUUAGAAGAAGAUAAUUUGGCAAAUGCAGGAACAAUAUUUGCACUAUUUAAUAUAAUUACUAUAUCUACUCCUCUUUUAGUACAUUUACUAGCAAAAAGAUAUGCAAUCGAGUUGUAUCAUCAUCCUAAAGAAGAAAAAUAUAGUGCUAAAAUAUUUACAUUUUUUUGCCGACAAAAAGAAAUAACAUUUACUAAAAAUGACGUAAUUGAACCUACAACACCACGUACUGGAAUGUUUACAACAUGUAUUGCAAAUGGUUAUCCCUUGCUGCUUGAUGAAAAUCAAUUUCUAGAACCUAAACACUUUAAUAUCAUUAUGAAAUAUAAUGAGCCAAUAGACUUUGAAAUAGAGGAAUUAAAUGUUACUGCGCUUAAUCAACCUCCAACAGAAAAUAAAAAUGUAAUGAUAGAAGACAAAAAUGCAAAACAAAAAUAAUUUUA